AUGCAACAAUUAUCGGCGGUAUUUCUCAUCAUAGCGUUAGCGAUAGUCGUGAACGCUCAAAAUGUUACCAUCGUUGACCAAGUGGCGGACGAAACUAAUACAGCUGUGACUUUAAACGUUACUCAGGAAACAUAUACUACGGAAAUACAACCAAUAGUAACAACGAGCAACCUUAAUAUUACUACUAACAUAACUGACUUACGACAACCUGGUAAACCAAUACAAAAACCACCAGACAAGAGACUUAUACCUGAUAGAAACGUGUUUAUAGACGUCAAGCAUCACUACUACAUUCCACAGCAGCUUCAGCCAAAGCAAAUUAACGUAUACAAUAAAGAUCUCAAAUACUCCAAGUCAUUAUACAAAUACCCUGGAGUGAUUCCGGUACAGCGAGGAAACUUAUUCUAUAACAGACCAAAUCUUCAGCCAAGACAGCCGAUCAUAUUCGCAGCGUCUUCAAAUACACCACGAUUAGCAGGACCGAACCCAAAAUUCAGUAUUCCAGUACAAACUAUCAAUGGCAUUAGAACAGAUUUCGUUAAACCACCGCAGCAAAACAUCACAACGACCACUACACCACCAACGACUACAACGAAAAUUCUACGUACGAAAAGGAUAUGGCCGAAACGGAUUCUGGACAAGCUUAAUUCGACAUCGACGUCAUCUAACGCAACUUUUUCAUCGGAGAAACUAACGAAUAACACAGAUGACAACAAUGAUUUGACCUCCGUAGCAAGUAGAGUGCGUUUGAGAUAUGUUUCGACUGAGAGGCCUUCAUCUACGACAACUGUGAAGCCUACGCCGCGAGUUUAUCGAAGGGUUACUAGAACAUCAAAAAUCAAGUCAACAACCCCACUCUCUUUCCAAUCGUUACCUUCAAACGACUGGGUGCCCAUCGUGCCGUCGCAUUAUGCAAAAUUAAGGAGGCCAUCGCUAACCCCUAUCAGCAAACGCUCAGACUCUUAUUUCGAAACUGAACAGUAUCCGGCCAAUCACAAACAGGCUUUAAAUUUACAUUACGGCUUAAUUCCUAUGAACCAACCACUCCAAGCCGCUGCGUCCAGUUUUACUAACAACAGGAUCAUAUUGUUUCGGAAGAAGCAACCACAAGUUACACCGUAUCAUUACCCAAAAACGGCAAAGCUUCAUCAGCAAAUAUCUCAGCCGCAGCUCAGCUACGACGAUCUUCAAACGGAGCAAAACCAAAUCGAGCCACAGAAAGUGAUCACGAAGGUCAAGCACCACCACCAUCACCAUCACCACCGAUACGUUAAAACCGUGGAGAAACCCGUCAAGGUACCGUAUAAAGUAGAAGUGCCAAAACCAUACCCAGUAGAAAAGAAGGUUCCCGUACCCGUGCCCGUGGAGAAAGUCAAAGUCGUGGACAGACCUUACCCGGUAACCGUAGAAAAAAAAGUUCCGUACCCCGUUCACGUUAAGGUUCCGUACAAAGUUGUACAAAAGGAAUACGUCCCGCGACCCUAUCCCGUAGUCCAACAUGUCCCGGUUGUGAGACACGUCCCAGUCAAAGUUCCUCAUCCCGUGCCCGUUCAAGUGGAAAAGAAGGUCCCAUAUCCCGUCCAAGUUCCCUACACAGUUGAGAAACAAAUUCCCGUUCCGGUACAGAUAGAAAAAAGAAUACCAUAUCCGGUGCCCUACAAAGUCUUCGUUCCACAACCGAUCACUGUCGAAAAGAAAAUUCCCUAUCCCGUAGAAAUAAAAGUAAAAGAACCCUUCGAAGUCAUUAAACACGUGCACGUCAAAGUACCUAUACUCCAGCCCUACCCCGUCAAAGUACCUCAACCGAUUCCCAUAACGAUCGAAAAACGAGUUCCAUUCCCGAUAAAGGUAGAAAAGAAAAUCCCUGUGCCAGUAGAAGUGUUAGUGCCACAAAGAGUGGAAGUCGAGAAGAGGGUUCCCAUCUACGUUCCAAAACCCUAUCCCGUCGAGAAGAAGGUUCCAUAUCCGGUCAAAGUUCCCUAUCCCGUCCAGGUUCCCGUCAAAGUGCCCGUUCAAGUUCCCAUAGAGGUGCCUGUGUAUAUCCACCGACCUUUUCAGAUGGAAGGCGUGGAACAGAAUAUAUACGGAGACACAUCUGAGAGUCCCUACUAUGGGGAGGAGGAGGACAUAAGUCGUUCUGGGGGCGAAGUGUCCAGUACUCCGAGUAGCCACACGGUGACCGUCCACGGAAACACUGGCUACAACGGCUUCAAAUCGAGAUCAGACACUCUUACCACGCCGGAACCAGCCACCAACGUAUAA